UGGCAAGAUCAGGGAAUUUAUCCACGAAAAUACGUUGAUGUUGAUGAACGCACAUACAUAAAGGAUAAGAUACAACAUAACCUUCACACUACUUGUAGCAACAGCUUCAUCUUCCCCACUCCUCCUCCAUUGAAGACAAACAUUCUUCAUUUUCGCCCAAAUUAUGGCGACAGCUGUUAGUUUCAAUUUGAUUGGGGCUUUCAAAGGCCUCUCGUUUGGUUCAAGCUCAUCAUCUUCUUUCUUAAAAGGAGAAUUUGGAUCUGUUCCUACGGCCCGUAAGGUUUCAUUCUUACUGCCGGUGAAAACCCCGUUAACGAUACAGAAUGCGCACAAAAAAGGAGCUGGAAGUACCAAGAACGGUCGUGAUUCACGAGGUCAGAGGCUCGGUGUUAAGAUUUACGGUGACCAGGUUGCCAAGCCUGGUGCUAUCAUCAUUCGACAACGAGGAACCAAGGUACAUCCAGGUAAGAAUGUAGGCAUUGGUAAAGAUCACACCAUCUUUUCUCUUAUUGAUGGAUUGGUCAAAUUCGAGAAGUUUGGACCGGACAGGAAAAAGGUGAGUGUUUACCCACGUGAAGUGCAGCCGGAAAACCCAAACAGUUAUAGAAACAGGAAGAGAGAAUCGUUCAGGUUACAACGUGAACGCCGAAAAGCACGAAAGGAGCUCAGGGAAGGCGGUGUUGCUGAGCCUCUGUUGGUGUUGGCUUCAGCCACUGAUGUCACCGAAACGGCUGUUGAAAACCCUGAUUGCUGAUUCCCAGUACUGUUGAAUAUUGGAUUCUUUCAUAUUUCGCAAGCAUCACUUAUUUUUGGUAUGUUUUGUCAAGAUGUUGCCUGUAAGUACUGAAAUUCUUCUACCUUGAAGCAAAGCUUGGCAUGUUAAGUUAUGUAUCUUUAUACGCCUACAUGUAAACGAUAAAUUUGUGGUUUGUUGUAGCUUUUUAUGGUGACUGAAAACUA